UUGUAUUUGUGCCACUCCUCUGAGGUAUUGUCACAUAGAAUUAAAUGUUUUUGCCUCAGGAACUGUUUUUGCUUGAUGAACUUUGAUUAUAUUUUCAUUAAAAUGUUGAGAUUGGUUGAAAUGAACAAGGUGGACACAAACGGCCAGUUUAGAGCCCACGGGGUUAAUUAGAAGGUGAACACUGAUGUAAGGAUCGUGUCAUCACAAGGUCAGUCUCGAGGGACCGCUAAUAAUGAGCAAGUGGUCACAGUAAUUCUCUCUGGAGAUAUUGUCGCUGACAAACAAGUCAAAUCUCUGGAUGAUCCCACCAAGCAUGUAACAAUAGUCAUGCUCUUGGUCCUUGGUGUGUUAGCAGCAGCAAUCAAUCACGUCCAGUAAGGCCUUCUUUACAACUCAAAUUGUCAUAUUGGUUCCAUGAAGUUGUUAAAUCAUCCAAUCAGAUUUGUUUGUCCGAUUUUGGAAUUUGCUUUAUUUCUUCCAUUCGUCCAUUUUCAACAGUGCUAAAAACUAAGCUAAACAGCUUAGCGCUUUCUUUGUUUCCACGUGUGGCAGAAGUACGAAAAGCAUCUUCAAUGUUUGACUGACCUUCAACAAAUGAGUCAAAAAAUAAGUGAACAAGCUUGCUGGGUGAGAGGCCUGAUCCUAAUGUCAGCCAUUCACCCAGUAGGACACUCAAAAAAUAACAUUAUAGAGUCUAUGAAUGGAGCCAGAUGAACUUUGGUGGGCCGAUGACCCAUACAGUGCGAGUUUCGGUCAUCGGUGCGAGCCGAUGGACUAUGGUCGUCGAUUCUCACGGCAUGCGCCAUGAGUCAGCGCCGCUCCCUGUACAAGAUCCUCAUCCGACCCCGAAUGUGGCCGACCACCGGCAUGCCUCGCCCACUCCUCUUCACCAGCUUUGCUCCGUGUGAGUAAUUCCUUCCCUCGGCAGAGGAUCAUUUGAUGGAAAAAGCAAUCUUUCUGAUAUAGAGAAGGUCUAAUAUGAAGCAAACUUGAGUAGACCACAGUUAGUGAACCCUGCCCUAGAAUGUGUCGUGGACUUUGGGAUAUAACUAGAUCAUAGAAGUGCUUGGGGGACGACGACAGAGUUAUCCGAGAAACAACUGGCGUCAAAUUAUGUCAUGAACUUAUCACUUGAGAACUUCAUGUCUUGACCAUGCUGCAUGUGAUGGACAGGUCACAAACAACACAAAGGUGAAAAGAACAGAGGGGAGUUUGUUGACAUGACAGCAGCUCUUAAUGAGAUCCGUGGAGGCUGAGCAGCCAUCAUAAAAGACUUGUCUCUCCUGACCGUUCGUGCACAUGACCAAAACAUGAACGGAACACACGUGCUAAUAAUUCUUGGUGGCUUUGUCGAUGUGGAGAAGUACCGAUAUAUCUACUUUGUGAUCUUGUUGAUUGUAUAUGUUGUCAUCAUCUGCUGCAAUUGCACCAUUAUUUGCCUCAUCUGGAUUCACAGGAACCUUCAUGAACCGAUGUAUAUUUUCAUUGCAGCUUUGUCUCUCAACUCGCUUUUCUACAGCACCGCUUUUUACCCCAAACUCAUUGUGGACGUCUUGUCACACCAGCAGAGCAUUUCUCACGCAGCUUGUAUGUUUCAAAUGUUCUGUUUCUACACUUUAGCUGCUUCAGACUUCUUUCUGUUGGCAGCCAUGGCUUAUGACAGGUAUGUGUCCAUCUGCAAGCCUCUGCAAUACGCAACUAUCAUGUCCACAACCAAUGUCGCUAUCUUGUUGGCCUUCGCCUGGCUUCUGCCUGCCGUUAAGGUUGGCUUGGCCAUUUAUUUUAAUACAAAGAUAAAAAUGUGCAAGUUGGUUUCAGGGGGGAUAUUCUGUAACAAUUCUGUCAAUAAGCUUCAGUGCAUGAAACCACAAAUACUCACCAUUUAUACUGUGUUUGUCUUUAUCAACUGUGAGAUUCUACCUGUGUUGUUCAUUCUCUACACAUACAUCAAAAUAUUUAUUAUUUCCUAUCGUCGUUGCGGCAGGGCUUGGAAAAAAGCGGCUGAGACCUGUUUACCUCAUCUAAUGGUUUUGAUCUGCUUCUCUUGCUUAGUUAUGUUUGAUGUAGUUGUGGACAAAUUGGAAUCUGACCUUCCAAAAACCACUCGCCUGAUUAUGAUGUUGCAAAUAGUGAUGUACAAUCCUCUCUUCAAUCCUAUUAUAUAUGGACUGAAGAUGAAGCAAAUAUGGAUACAUAUCAAGAUGUUGUUUGGAAGCAGGUCAAAAUCAAAUCCAGCAAGGACAGCCAGGUAAAUUAAUGCUUGGAGUUUUGUCGGGAUAUAUAUUGAGAAAUAAUAGAUUAUACUGUUGUACUUUUAUUUUUAAAUUGCUAUUUUGAACAAACACAGCAAUUUUCCCCAGACAAAAAGCAUAAUUUCUCCAGAACACUUUAAUUUUCAAAAUUCUUGCUGCAGGUUCAACUGACUUUUCAAACCAGAAUUGCAUUAUGACAAAUUUGCUUA